CGCAUCGAAGAUAGCGAGACCAAGUCUCUCUUUCUCUCUCCCUCUCUAUAUAUCUCCCUUAUCCGCAGCCUUUGAAACCCUAGAAUCCUAGUAAUUCGUGCAGUGAAAUCCUUGGAAGAAGCGGAGAUUUCGGGGAUUCUGAGGCGGUUUGAGCAUUUGUGAGUUUGGACUGGGACUGGGAGUGCGUGUUUUGGUGGAAUUUGGAGUUUUUGGAGGGUCUGGAUAUUGGUUUUUGUUUGUCGGGGGUUCUAAGCGGGAAGGAUGUCGUCUCUGAGCAGAGAAUUGGUGUUUCUCAUACUCCAAUUUCUGGAGGAGGAGAAGUUCAAGGAGUCUGUGCACAAGCUUGAGAAAGAAUCAGGGUUUUUCUUCAACAUGAAGUACUUUGAGGAGAAAGUUCAGGCUGGAGAGUGGGAAGAAGUAGAGAAGUAUUUAGCGGGAUUUACCAAAGUUGAUGAUAAUAGAUACUCCAUGAAGAUAUUCUUUGAGAUCAGGAAGCAGAAGUAUCUUGAAGCACUUGAUCGGCAAGACAAGGCGAAGGCUGUUGAAAUAUUAGUGAAUGAUUUGAAAGUAUUCUCAACAUUCAAUGAGGAAUUGUACAAAGAAAUCACUCAGCUAUUAACUCUUGGCAAUUUCAGGGAAAAUGAGCAGCUCUCCAAGUAUGGUGAUACCAAAACAGCUCGUAGCAUAAUGUUGAUCGAGCUUAAAAAGCUCAUAGAAGCAAAUCCCCUCUUUCGUGAUAAGCUUGUUUUCCCCACUCUGAAGUCAUCAAGACUGCGGACUUUAAUAAACCAAAGUUUGAAUUGGCAGCACCAGCUCUGCAAGAACCCAAGGCCAAACCCGGACAUUAAAACUUUAUUCACAGACCACACUUGUGCACCUCCUAAUGGUCCUCUUCCACCAACACCUGUCAAUCUCCCGAUUGCAGCAGUUGCAAAGCCUGCUGCUUAUACCUCACUUGGAGCUCAUGGUCCCUUUCCACCAACUGCAGCAGCUGCUAAUGCUAAUGCUUUAGCAGGUUGGAUGGCCAAUGCUUCUGCUGCUUCAUCUGUCCAGGCAGCUGUUGUUACUGCAUCAUCCAUACCUGUUCCACAAAACCAAGUUUCAAUCUUGAAACGUCCAAGAACACCUCCAGCAACUCCAGGUAUAGUGGAGUAUCAGAGUACAGAUCAUGAACACCUAAUGAAACGACUGCGGCCUGCUCAAUCUGUUGAAGAGGUCACAUAUCCGACUCCCCGACAGCAAGCUCUUUGGUCACUGGAGGACCUGCCGAGAACAGUAGCUAUAACAAUGCAUCAAGGAUCCACCGUCACAAGCAUGGAUUUUCAUCCUUCUCACCACACAUUGCUUCUUGUUGGUUCUAAUAAUGGUGAAAUUGCCCUCUGGGAACUUGCGUUGCGUGAGAGGUUGGUUUCAAAGCCAUUCAAGAUAUGGGAUAUGGCAGACUGUAGUACAUUGACAUUUCAGGCUUCUGUUGCCAAAGAUACACCAAUAUCUGUCAGCCGAGUUACAUGGAGUCCAGAUGGAAAUUUUGUGGGGGUUGCAUUUACCAAACAUUUGAUUCACUUGUAUGCUUAUACUGGGUCGAAUGAUCUACGCGAACAUAAAGAGAUUGAUGCCCAUGUUGGAGGUGUGAAUGACUUGGCUUUUGCUCAUGCAAAUACUCAUGCAAAUGAACAACCAUGUCUUGUGUCCUGUGGAGAUGAUAAGCUGAUAAAGGUGUGGGAUUUGAGUGGAAGAAAACUAUUCAACUUUGCCGGUCAUGAGGCACCAGUAUAUUCUAUCUGUCCUCAUCACAAAGAGAACAUUCAGUUCAUAUUUUCAACUGCUAUUGAUGGAAAAAUAAAGGCCUGGCUGUAUGACACUUUGGGUUCUAGAGUUGAUUAUGAUGCUCCUGGACGCUGGUGUACUACAAUGCUUUACAGUGCUGACGGAAGUAGGCUGUUCUCUUGUGGGACAAGUAAAGAUGGGGAUUCUUAUCUAGUUGAAUGGAAUGAAAGUGAAGGAGCAAUAAAGAGGAGUUAUACUGGGUUUAGUAGAAAGAAAUCAGUAGGUGUUGUGCAGUUUGACACAACACAGAAUCACUUUUUGGCUGCUGGUGAAGAAAGCCAGAUAAAAUUUUGGGAUAUGGACAGUAUCAAUGUUGUCGCCAGCACCGAUGCCGAUGGUGGACUCCCGAACCUUCCUCGUUUGAGAUUCAAUAAGGAAGGGAAUCUUCUUGCUGUUACUACAGCAGACAAUGGAUUCAAGAUACUUGCAAAUGUUGCUGGUAUCAGGUCUUUAAGAGCAAUUGAAACCCCAUCAUUUGAAGCAUUAAGAUCGCCCAUUGAAUCUGCUUCAGCUAAGGUAACUGGCUCUUCUGCCAUCGCAAAUGUUAAUCCUGUCAAUUGUAAAGUUGAAAGGAGCUCCCCUGUCAGGCCUUCUCCAAUUCUUAAUGGAGUUGAUCCCAUGAAUAGAAGCAUGGAAAAGCCAAGAACCGUGGAGGAUGUAACUGAGAGAACCAAACCCUGGCAGCUAUCUGAGAUUGUGGAUGCCGUCCAGUGCCGAUUAGUUACCAUGCCUGACAGCACAGAUUCUUCCAACAAGGUUGUUCGACUUAUAUAUACAAAUUCUGGUGUCGGGGUCUUGGCACUUGGGUCAAAUGGUGUUCAGAAGCUAUGGAAGUGGACACGGAACGAACAAAAUCCAAGUGGCAAGGCCACUGCCAGUGUCGUUCCACAGCAUUGGCAACCAAGCAGUGGUCUUCUUAUGACUAAUGAUGUCUCAGGUGUCAAUCUCGAAGAAGCAGUUCCAUGUAUAGCACUAUCAAAGAAUGACUCGUAUGUAAUGUCAGCCUGUGGUGGAAAGGUUUCGUUAUUUAACAUGAUGACAUUCAAGGUAAUGACAACAUUCAUGCCACCACCCCCUGCUUCUACCUUUCUAGCAUUUCAUCCUCAAGAUAACAACAUCAUAGCUAUUGGAAUGGAGGAUUCAACCAUCCACAUAUAUAAUGUUAGAGUGGAUGAGGUAAAAUCAAAAUUGAAGGGUCACCUGAAGCGGAUUACCGGUUUAGCUUUUUCAACAAAUCUUAAUAUCCUGGUGUCUUCCGGGGCUGAUGCUCAACUGUGUAUGUGGAGCAUUGACACGUGGGAGAAGAGGAAGUUAGUAACAAUCCAGAUACCUGCUGGAAAGGCACCUGUCGGUGACACUAGAGUGCAGUUCCACACUGACCAAAUCCGCUUACUGGUGGUCCAUGAGUCACAAUUGGCUAUAUAUGAUGCCUCCAAGAUGGACCGCAUCCGGCAGUGGGUCCCACAAGACGUGCUGUCUGCACCCAUUUCUUAUGCAGCAUACUCCUGCAAUAGUCAACUAGUUUAUGCCACCUUUUGCGAUGGUAAUAUUGGGGUGUUUGAUGCUGAUAGUCUGAGACUAAGAUGUCGUAUUGCCCCGUCGGUGUACUUGUCCCAGGCAGCUUUAAAUGGAAGCCAACCUGCGCACCCGCUUGUUGUUGGGGCACAUCCACAGGAUCCCAACCAAAUUGCUAUCGGACUGACUGAUGGGUCUGUAAUGGUGAUAGAGCCAUCAGAAUCAGAGGGGAAAUGGGGAUCAACCCCACCUAUGGAUAAUGGGAUACUGAAUGGCAGGACAGCAUCAUCCUCUGCCGCAAGCAACCACCCCUGAUCAGGCACAAAAAUGAGAUUCAUUGUGUUUUACUAGUGAAGUUCAUCCCCAUCUGUAAUUUAUCAGCCUAGAUGCUUAGGUUUUUAUUCUCCCAUUUGUUCCUUGUCAAAGGGGAAGCUUGGACAUAAAAUUGUUAAUGGUUAGAAAUAUGUUCUUGUAUACCUAAUUUGUUGUAGUCAACUCAUAAAAAAUGAAUUGCAUCUUGUAAUCUCUUGUUCCUUGGAGCAGUUGUAAUGUAUUUAUUUUUUCUUCUCCA